AUGGAACCUAGAGUCGUCGACUGGUCAGAGAUGUGUUCCGAUGCUAUACAAUUGAUUCUAGAGAGCUUGAGCUUUCCAGAUUUUCAUCGAGCAAGAACCGUUUGUUCAAGUUGGUACUCCGUUUCGAAAUCAUGCGUUGCGGGAUCAAGAAACAGGUAUCCGUGGCUGAUGCUUUUCCGGGAAAAGUCUUCUGUCUCGGGAUCUUGUAAGCUGUUAGAUCCUUUUGAAAACAAAACUUACAAGACCAGAGAUCUCGGAAACGAGUUUCACGUGUGUCGUUGCAUUGCGAGUUAUGGUAACUGGUUGCUAAUGUUGUCUCCUCGUAUCGAUUUUUCUAUCAUAAAUGUGUUUACCGGCGAGAAAAUCAAUCUUCCAUCUCUAUCACUCCAAGGAGGAGGUGAAGUGAGAUUCCGAAGAAAAGACGAUGGCGGAGUCUUCCUAGAACACUCUCCUAAUGACCGUGAGACAAUCAUCAACAGGUUUAUCAAGACUGCUGUUUUAUGGAUUGAUGAGGAAACGAAAGAUUUUGUGGUUUGUUGGAAUUACCAAGAUAUGUACUUGUUCUCCUACAAGAAGGGAAAUGAAUCUUGGUGGCAUCUUCAAGGCACAGAUUGUUUAGCUAUGGCUUACAAAUACAACAAACUUUUUGUUAUCACACAGUCUCACUACAUCAAGAUUCUUGAUUUCUCUGAUGAUUUCCCGAAUGAGAUCAUCCACGAAACCCGGUUUCUGAAUCAUCGGUUUAACUAUUAUCCGGAAGAUGGAGAACAAUGGACGGAGAAAAUAGCAAUCACGACUUCAGGAGAUGUUGUGAUCAUUGUCAGCAUAGAAAACGAAUAUCCAGAGAAUGAAGAGGGAAGAUACUUGUUUAAGUUUUUUAAGAUGAAUGUUGAAGGAACCGAAUGGGCAAGAGUGUAUUCUUUAGAUGAUGAGAUGAUGUUGGUUUUUGGUGAUGGGUUCAUCAAAAGCAAUUCUAUUUAUUUCAUUACUGAUGAUGUUUGGCCUGCUUAUGUUUGGAAAAAUGCAAACUUUGACAGUAGUAGCGGUGUUUAUGAUCUUGCUACAACCAAAAUAAGCUGGUCUCGAUUCGCUUACUGCUUGUCCAACAUUCGCUGGUUUGUUCCAGGAUCUGAUAAGAAAUAUGACUAA